CCAUCUCUUAAACAAACAUUUUCACACAGACUGUGUUGAAUUGAAUCUUUAUAAAGACUGUUUCCUCUCUCAUAUCCAAACUCCUCUUUUUUUUCUCUCUCAAAAUGGAGCUUGGCUUGAGCUUGGGGGAUGCCUCGAAAUCCCUAGGAUUCUUGAAAGAUAACAACUCCUCCACAAAUCAAGAUCCCACCAAGGCCACCGGCUUCGAUUUCUGCAUGUCUUUGGGGCUUAGCUCCAAGGAAAACGGCGAAGACGAGGACACAUCGGCGGAGGAUGGAAACGAUGAUAAUCAAGAGGAAACUCCUCUGCAGCUGAAUCUUCUCCCUCGCCUCUGGUCUUCUGAUAAUGGGAGCUCGGAAAAUGGGUCGUCGGGGAAGGGGCUGGACGUGAACCGGACGCCGGUGGCGGAGGAGGCCUCGUCGGCGAACAAGCGCGAAUUCGAGGGUGCCGGCAACGACAACGACGACGACGACGAUAACGCCCUCAACACGCGGAAAAAGCUCCGACUCUCGAAAGAGCAAUCGGCGUUUCUUGAAGAGAGCUUUAAGGAGCACAACACCCUCAAUCCCAAGCAAAAACUGGCGCUGGCGAAGCAGCUGAAUCUCAGAGCAAGACAGGUGGAGGUGUGGUUCCAGAACAGAAGAGCGAGAACGAAGCUGAAGCAGACGGAGGUGGAUUGUGAGUACUUGAAGAGAUGCUGCGAAACGCUGACGGAAGAAAACAGGAGACUUCACAAGGAACUACAAGAGCUGAGAGCUCUCAAGACUUCGAAUCCAUUCUACAUGCAACUCCCCGCCACCACUCUCACCAUGUGCCCCUCGUGCGAGCGCGUCGCCUCCACCCCCGCCGCCGCUGCCGCGAAGGCGGACUCGAAUAUCCCCAAGGCUAUUCCGUUUCCGCUGGCGAGGCCCAGAUUUUACCCGUUUCCGCAGGCGGCGCAUCCUAAUCAGCCGGCGGCGUCUUGAUUUUUUUGGUGAUGCAGAUUUACUUGUAAAUAUUAAAGGGGGGAGAAAAGUAAAUUAGGUUUUGUUCUUUUUUUUGGUUGUUGUUUUGUGUUGGUGUUUGGGUUUUGUUUUGAUUGUUUGAUGGUGAUGAAACUCUGCAUCUUGAGCAAAUUUUUCAGCUCAGACUAUGUUGAUUUUGUGGAGAAUACAGAAAUUAGUUUGGGACAAAGAAAAAGUAGUGUUUUUUCUUUUUUUUUUUACUUAAUUUAAUUUUUUUUUCUUGCAUUGAUUUCUGAAUGGAAAAUGGUCUCCACCUGCCUUCUUAUU